UGUUUAAGUGUUAUCCCUUAAUUAAUGCUGCAAGUUGAGAGUUAAGUUGACUUUUGAUUGUCUAAUUGCUUCCCGUCACAAUGAUCCAGGAUUUGAAGUUUUAUGGGUUGGUACAACAAUCUCAAGUUAAUAUACAAUAAGUAAUUGAGAUAACAGUCAAAUAUUUGUAUAUAUUUAGUAAAUUUCUUAAUGAAAAUACACGGACUGUGCAAAAGCUAUUGCAUUCUCGUGAACCCAUAAGUUGUGCUCUAGAUCCGUUCUAGUUAACCCAAUAUUAAGAAAACUAUAUGCAAAUAAAAAUAUUCCAUGACUCAUCCAUGUUAGAGGCAUUAAUUAAGAAAUAAUAUUUUAAAUCUAAAUGUUGUUCCUUAAUUGUGGUUAACCUCAACUUAUAAGCCAGCUAACAUGAGUCAUGGAAUAUUUUUUAUGUUAAAAUGCUCAAAUAAUUUCAACAAAUAAUAAUAACAAUAACAAUAUAAAAUAGAGAGAAGAUAAUGUAAUUACAACUACUAUUAUAAUUAUAAUAUUUGUUGUUGUUAUUGUUUCACCUCAAUUAACUCUCUCUUAUAAAGAAGCUUUCACAACAUUAGUGAGGGAAACAAAUUUACCACAUUCAAGAGCUUCCAAGAGAGAGAUAUCGACCAAUACACAGUUCAAUCCAAAGUUCCUUCACGUGGUUGACAGUCGAGGGGGAGAACUAGCCAUAAGCCAGAGAUCUCUGCUUUAAUUAAGAAGUAUAGAGAGAGAUGGCUGCUUAUGUUGCAUUAACUUCUCUAAUGGGAACAAUACAACAGCUUCAGCUUUUGCAAUCAAACUUAGAUCUAUUGGACACUCAUGUGGAAAGUUUGAAUUUACUCUACGAGAAGGUUGAUUCUCUGCAAGAACUUCUUGACAAUUUUGAUGGUGAACAAACGAAGAAUUUGCAGGCAAAAGUCAGACACAUAGCAAAUGAAGCAGAAGAUGAAGUUGAAUCACAGAUGAAGGUGGUAAUGGACGAACAACAUGACGUACUCCAUCAAAAGGAAGCCCUCGAGAGUCUUUCUGAGAUCUUACAACGAGGUAUUGAAAAUGUUGAUUCCCUCAAGGAAGAGCUCAUCAAGCACAGUCAGAAUAACACUUCGCAAGCUGGAAAUUCCUCACUUGGUGAUUCAAGUUCACCUCGAUUGCAUGCUUCAACCCUUGAGAAUGAUAUGGUGGGGUACAACAUUGAACAAGCAAACAUGCUGAGUCGACUCACGAGUGGCUCGCCUGAACUGGAAGUCAUCUCUGUUACUGGUAUGGGCGGCAUUGGUAAGUCAACUUUUGCCAAAAAGCUGUUUUCUCAUCCCUCAAUUUUGAGCUUCUUUGACAUCCGUGGAUGGAUUACCGUGUCUGAGGACUAUAGUUAUAGAAAGAUGCUUUUAGGCCUCCUAGUAGAUGCUAAUAUUGGGAAGGAAGAAGACCUUGAUAAGAAAAGCGAUUCAGAUUUAGCCGUUUGCUUGAAACAAAAUUUAAUGGGUCGAAGGUAUUUGAUUGUUGUGGAUGACAUAUGGAGCAAAAACGCUUGGGAUGAGAUUAGCCUGUGUCUUCCAGACGAUGGUAAAAGAAGUCGGGUACUGUUGACUACUCGAGACGUUGAGGUUGCUCAAUAUGCUAGCUCUCCGAAGGAUCCUUUCAGGAUGCAUUUACUUGACCAAGAGGACAGUUGGAAUUUGUUUUACCAAAAAGCAUUUACAGAAAAAGGUUUUGCGAUUGAAUUUGAGGAUGUGGGAAAGGAGGUUGCCAAAAACUGCAAUGGUUUACCACUUAUGAUUGCUGUGGUUGCCAAGGUUCUCUCCAGCAAGAGGACACUGGACGAGUGGACAAAAGUAGCUGAAAGUGUGAGCUCAUUAGCAGAAGUUGAUGCUUAUCAACAAUGCUCCGGAGUGCUUGCUUUAAGCUACAAUCAUCUUCCUUCUUAUCUGAAAGGCUGCUUUCUGUAUUUUGGACUUUUUCCAAAAGCUAGUGAAAUUUCUAUGGAAAAGUUGAUUAGAUUAUGGAUUGCGGAAGGGCUCCUAAAGGUAAAGGGAAUGGAGGGAUUGGAAGAAGUGGCUGCUAGUCAUUUAAAUUUUCUUAUUGAUAAAAGUUUAGUUAUUGUUAGCAAGAGAAGUAUGGAUGGUAAAAUCAUGACAUGUAUGAUUCAUGAUCUUGUUCAUGAUUUCUGCUUGAAAGAAGCCGACAGCCAGAAUCUUCUGUAUAUUGUGAAUACCGAUAUUGAUGGACCUCUAUGGGUUAUUCCUGAAUGCUGCAGGUGGGUGUCACAACAAUCAAUGGGCUUUUAUUUUCACCGUCGAUUCCCUGAUCUUGCUUAUAGCAAAUUACGUUCCUUUUCUGUCAAUCCUAGAACAAUCCUUAAUGUUGAGAGCUGUCAUUUCAAACUUCUUAGGGUAUUGGACUUGGAGAAAAAGAAGAUUCUCGAUUUCCCCGUAGCUAUACUAGACCUAGUUCUUUUAAGGUAUUUGGCAUUGAUGAUUAGGAGGUCUGGAAAAUUACCAAUUUCUAAACUUCUGAAUUUACAAACUCUCAUUGUUCGUCCACAUCCAAUAUACACUAGUUCAUGGAAAAUGUACUCCUUACCAAAUGGAAUUUGGAAAUUAUUUCAGUUAAGGCAUCUCCAUUGUUGGUGUAUGCAUUUGGACACUCCUCAGACGGUAUCAGAAAAUGAGGUGAAGAACUUGGUUUUGGAAAACAUACAAACUGUUUCUGGGUUGAUACCUUCUUGUUGCACAAAAGAAAUAUUUGAAGCGAUUAAGAAAGUAAAGAACUUGGAAAUUGCUGGUAAAGCAGAGGAAUUUCAGAGCGAGAUGGGAUGGCAUAAUAAUCUUAAAUAUUUAAAAGAGCUCGAGGCACUAAUGGUUACAGUUCCGCCUGGUUUUAUUUCCAACCGGCUGCCGUGUUUAAUCAAUCCAAGUUCAGGUUCUUUCCCACCAAAUCUCAAGAAAUUGACACUUAGCCGUACUUGUCUCCCGUGGAAUUGCAUGAACAUUUUUAGCAAGUUGCCCAAUCUCGAGGUGCUUGAAUUGAAAAAUCUUGCCUGCUCAGGCAAUGAGUGGGAAAUAACAGAGAUGGGGUUCCCUAAAUUGAAGUGUUUACUCCUUGAGGAUCUGUAUCUUAGAUAUUGGACAGCCACCAAUGAUUAUUUCCAAUGCCUUGAGCGUGUCUGCAUCAGAGAAUGCAAACUCUUAAAAGAGAUCCCAGAAGGAUUUGCAGAUAGUGUGACGCUGCAGCUAAUUGAAUUACAUAAAUGUCGUCGUCCUCUUGUCACUUUUGCCAAGAAGAUCCAGGAAAAGCAUGAGGAAUUGGGAAACAACAUGCUUAAAGUUUAUGUCUUUGGUUCAAAUGAAGUUUGAGAGGAAGAUGCAUAAUUUGAGUUUUGCAGUGAACUUGUGAGGAAGGUAUUUUGGUUUCCUUAAAAGAGAUUGCUAAGGGAUUAGCAGCUAGUACCAAGUUACAGCUGACUGAUUUACAUAGAUAUUUUCGUUUUCUUGUGAACUUGCCACGGCAUCCAACAAGAGCAAAAUAUGACCAGUGUUGUGUUACUUAUUCCUGCGUUCUCUUUCUUGCUUUUUCUUUAAAUUUUUCAUGUCAUUUUUCUAGCAAAAAUUGUGGUGAUAUUUAUUGCUCGAAACUUCUCAAGAUUGAAUUUUUAAUGUGACACUGUAAUAAUGCCUGGGAUUUUAUAGCCAAAUUCAGCUUGUUUGAAUGAGUAUUUGAAGAAUAUUGUGACAA